AUGAAUUCGUUAAGGCAAGACGUCUUCUACCGUUCCCCAUCUGACUGCUCUUCGUUAAAUCCAAUCGUCAUUAGUCAAAAACCAGCGUUCUCUCAGGUUAUAAAGAGACGGGCUGAUGGCAAUGCUCAUCAAUAUUUGCCAGCAUCCCGUUUUAUCAACUCCCAUGUCGCUCACUCAUCGUCUUCAGAUUUAUUACGUUAUCAGAACUCUCUGGACAGCUUAACUGCCGAACGGCGGUCUGAUGUGCAGAAUGAUUCAAGUACUCCCGUAUACUGGAUCAGGUCUAAUCAAUUUCAUGCUGAUAUGUGGUCACCAAGUCUGCUGACUCGCCGUCCUCAAUUGUUUAUAUGUCGUCCAAUCAGCUAUCUGGCCCUGCUCCAGGACCUUCGGGCUUCUUACGCCUUGCGGGUCAGCUUUUACUGA